UAUUUCUUGAGGUCAGUGUCUAUCAUCACUCGCCCCAGCCCAGAUCUAUCACGCAACCUACCACAUUGAGAUUGGGAACACAUGAUAAUAUCAGACGAGAUGACCUGGUGCUUGUCGCGUAGAAUUUUGAACAAUAACUAACGGGAAUAAAGAUAGAGGUUGCUUCCGACCUCGGUAACGCGAUCGUGGCGUCACACGCACCCUCCCCACUCGACAUGUUGGGCAGCAGCAACGCCAAUUCAUCUCCAACUGCAGCAACUACUGUUGCACAGCCUCCAGGAGCUGUUGCUGAAGAUCCUGCUUCCAAUGCAGCCGACAUCAAACCGGUCGACCCAGCCACAGCAGCUGAAACCGACCCGCCACCCGAUCCUCCUCCACCCGAGCAACUAAUGGCCAAUGAAAAUAACAAAGCUCCAGAACCAGAUUUCGAACAGGACGUCGAAGACCAGCCUACUUCCUUCAAAGACCUCCCGCCGCACCCCUUUGACGUCGAGACCCGUCCGGAACCUUCUGGAGAGGUUAGUGAGAAAUUCGCGGACUGGCAGGAUUUUCUGAACACGGACAGAACGAAAAUGCGGGAGUAUUUGAAGUCCGAGGACAGCGACCGGACAAACUUGGACAAGGACAACGCCAUCAUGCAGCGGAACUACACGAAGCCGCCCUCCAACCCGUUCUCCAGAGUCCACGUCUACAACGGGACGAGUACUGUGCAAACCGGAAAUAGCAACGCCAACACGAAGAAUUACGAAACCGGGGGUCGAACCCGGUACGGGAUUGAGGAGAUUCAGUACAAACCGCACCUGACGGAGCUGUACCGAUCGGAGAAUUUGAAGGGGACGAAUCUAGAAGACUUCUUCUGCACCCGGAACAACUUCCCGACAACGAAACGGGGGAUGGGGAAGCAGGAGUACCCGAACCCGAUGCUAUUCGCGCCGUUCCGGAAGGACCCGCAGACGAACACCCCGAUGCUGUGGAGUCUAGCGGCCCGGCCAAAGAAGUCCUGGACGAAGUGGUCCGGAAAUCCGAUCUGGCUGUACAGCCGGAUUGGGCAAUACCUCUCCCGAGAGGCGUUGGAAAGUUGGCAUACCAGUCGGGUGAAGCAGGAGAGGGCGCCGAACGAGGCUGCGGGGUCGGACACGUACCGGGUCCAAGCCGGGAAGGCGCUUGCCUGGGACGUCGGCCGGCAGUUCGGAAAGGCGUUGACCGGACCGGGGGCGGUGGGGGCGUAUUUGGUGACGAGUAACCCCUUGUAUCUCGGUCCGUACUUUCUCUACAAGAGUGCAAAGUAUUGGAUGUUUCCCCCGAAACAGGCGAAAAGCGGGAGCGAUCUGCUUUCCAAACCCCUCCACCCCACGAUCGACAACAGCCGGGAAGCGCGGGAUGUCCGGAUCGCUAUGCACUGCAAAUAUGCCUGGCUCUGGAAACUUGUGAUGCUGAAUGGUCAUAAUUGAACAACCUUCCAAGUGGGGCCAAGCAUGACAAAUAUUUUCAUUAUGCCUGCUUGCUCAUGAUGGGUGGCGCGCAUUACAACCUGCGUCUUUGUAUGAAGCGAGAAGUCUUGCUUUUGUUGGUCCCGCUGCAUCACAGAUUUUCUGGGGAUGCGAGACAAACAAUACAAGUUCUGCCCGUCCAGACCCAGACAUAUUUGCAGUGCAUAAUCGCGUUGUUGCGGCAAAAAGCGAAAGCGAUCAAACACGCACAGCGGAUGUACCCGUCGUACUACUACAGAGGGAGGUCCUCGAAGUCGCAGAAACAGCAAGUCAACCCGCUUACCGGCAAAAAAACUUACAACGCGAUUCCGGACGGACACGGGGACGGGGCGAGUUCAACAUCAGUCGGGCUUUUUUCCCGCGACCCGGCGAAGACCAAGGCGAACAGCGGGGUGCCGAAUUUGCGGAUUUCCAACCCCGCUGCGGAUCUUUUGAACUCCGCGAAUUUGCCGAAGGAUUUGGCGAAGGAGCCGCCGCAUCCCUGGUUGAAGUUGGCAGAUUUGGAGAUUUCGGACACGACCGGAUUUGGAGACAGUUUCGCGAACAAACCCAACCCGUAUUUGCACGUCACUUUAGAGGACACGACCGCCGUAUCCCACAAAAAAAAAUGUUUCACUGUGACGAGUUUGCAAGAUCUGCAUCACAAGUUUGUUGCACAUGACAAAGAAAACUUGGCAUGCGUGCUUCCUAAGGGAAAACACAGCUAAAAAACCAAUGUCUUGCAUGUGCAGCAAGACAAACACAUUUGCGUUCCGUUCUAUGCAUCACAAGUUCAAAGUGAAGCAGUUUGUUCUUGCGAUACGCCGGGCAGGUCCUGUGGGACGCCGUGUACAACAUGCGAAACCAGAAGCAGUUAUCAAAUGCAAAAAUGUCUGGGUCUGGAAGAGUGGAACUUGUAAUGCUGUCUGCGGAUUCUAAAAAUGUCUGUAUUGCAUGAGCAGCAAGAGGAGUCAGCUCUUGGCACGCAGAGAGGGCAUUUCUCAUGUGUAAUUAGCAUCAAGAAGCUUUCAAAAAUUCUGUCAUGCUAGCACCAGCAUCACAGACCUCGCGGGUCAUGCAAAAUGUGCAUGACAAGCCCCAACUCUUCCAGACCCAGACAUAUUUGCAGUUGAUAGCAGUUGGUGCUCAGCAAAACCUCCAUGCUCGGGAAGGCCCGGGCGAUGUUUUCGAAAACAUUGGACCAGGAGAUCGCCAACACGGAUCCGUCGUUUCUGCGAGAGGACGCAACCGCGAUUCACGGCGUCCAGAAGGAGAUGUUGAAGCUCUGUCCCAGAACGACGGACUUGGUCCCGAGAACCUACGUGUUGAACGUGAAACGGUGGCCCAUAUCCACAGAAAUUUUCCGUACACAACGCACAACGGCUGAUUAUUAUAACGCGAUCAACUGUUAAAUCAAAAAAUAUUUUCAAAUUUUUCUUUAAGUAUCGGAAAGCGCGCGCGCAGAAGCCCACCAGAAUCGGCGAGCAAAGAAUCCGCACACAGCGCGCAGAUCUUGAGCAUUCAAACUGACUUAUGCUAGAGUCGGGCGCCGAGUCGAGCCCUCGACCGGUCGCACAGUUGUGCUGCACGGGCCCGGGUAAAAAGGCCGCCGCACGGAGUCGCGUAGCCUUUGGGGCAAUUUGCGCGGCUCCGGAAGCAUGACGGUGAAGCGGGCGCGGAAAGCUAUCAUAUCGGAGACUAGCUAGACGCCCGUCUUGUCUUGUCCACCAAUUUGCCACGGCCUCUGAAGCUCGCCUGUCGCGGAAGACAUGUUGGUUUUCUUAGUGAACCUCAUGGCGCGCGGCCAUUGUUGCAAUGAAGGAACAGGCGCUGGCCAGCGGGAUGGCGUUUUUGGGCGAAGCUUGUGUGCCCUUCGCUCAGAUUUCGCGACUGUUAUUUUCGGGCGGCAGGCUGCGUGGCGUUUCCACCAUGCGCAGCUUGGGCCCUACAAGUCCGCCACAGUGUUGGCAGAAACCCGUGCGCCCGCCUUCAGGUCGGGGCUCCGGGGUUGGCCGUUCGCUUUGCUCCAGGAGUGGGGGGCGCUGACCUUGUCCUGCGGAAAGGUGAGAGCCGAAGUCUGGCCUUUCGAGGCGUUCCCGGAGGUCCCCAAGGGAGGUCCUCAAGGGACCUCUACGAGGAGGUCUCAUACCAUCGGGCGAAGAUUUUCCGAACCAUUCCACUUUUGGUCGGAUUUAGGAGGUCCCUCGGGGAGGUCCCCCGGGGAGGUCCCGAAGCAGCACAAAUCCAAAGCAAUGCAGGUCGAAUUGCCUCAGGGCAACAGGCAUGCCGGGGCUGGCCUUGUGGAUCCCCAUCCUGGCUCCUCCGCCGCCAGUGGGGCAGCAAGGCUUUUGCGCCAUGUUUCGACGCACUCCUCUAUCCGCGGCGCGGGUGACGGCAGUCUUAUGGUCGGCUUCGCGUCUGGUAAUUUGGCAAUGCCUCUGACGGCUUGUCUUCCCAUCCCGCUGCGAUCCAGGCUCUGCCCCCGUGCCAGGGCAGGAGCUCAAAUGAUCCGGGUCUAAUAGGAAGGGAGCAGAGCCAUGCCUUCGAGCGGGGUCUGGGCUUCUAAGGCCACACGGCUGCGGCGGCGCCACUCGCCUCGUGUCAGACAGCAUCCAGCUGGGGUCGUGGCAUGCCUUGCUGGAGGGCUUUUGCGGAGCUCUUGCGCUGUUGCCCCCCGAAGCCACUUCCCGACAGGCGAUUUUUUUGGCCCUUGCGCUGCGAUGGCCGGCGCGUACUCGCAAUGAGCACGCAAGCGGCAACUAGAAACCGAGACGGCAGGGGCGACAGAAAAAGAGCACGACUCUUUUCAGGCAAAACAUUCCAAGGCCGGUCGAGGUUGCGCGGCAACACACUUCUACACUUGAAAAAAAAUUUGAAAACUUUUUUUGAUUCAACAGUUGAACGCGUUAUAAUUAUAUGCAGUUUCUACAUGGCAAAACUUUUCUUCAAGCCUAUGCAGCAUGACAAGUUGUCGUGUGCUCUUCAUCUAAGUUGUUGCAAGACCUUGCGAUGCGUUUCGUAGUACAUGUUUUUGUGCGGAAAAUUUGUGUUGCAUAACCCAGUGUGAACGUGAACGAGGACUACGUCGGGAAGAUGAUUUUCCAGAGUAUCCAGAGUAAAUUUCCCGUACACGUACACAUGCGGUCUCUGCAUGACAAAAAUAGGCUUCGACCCUACUCUAGCAUGACAAGUUUUACGCUUCAAAUUGGUAUAAAUUCGUGAUUCUUGUACAUGUACGGAAAAUUUGUAUUGCAUACAGAGCUACCUGACCACCGACCCGAUCCCGAACUUUGAACGAAUCGACUUUCAUUCCAAGAACAAUUUCGGUGUCCAUUUGUCGGACGCAGACAAAUUUGCGAUGAAGAAUUCCAGCAGUUUAAGCGAUCGGUUUCUGGCGCUGUUUUGGCACGAUCUACACAGCUGGACCAUGGGGAAGUUUGGUGUGGGCUUGAUGUAAGAUUUUGUGAGUCAUCUGGCAGGAGCAGGGAAUGUAUCAUGAGUUGAGCGACCAUUUCCAUUUCAUUUUGCUUUGCUUAUUGCCGAACCUGAUUUUGAAACCUCUACCGUAGGUAGUGCACUCUUUCUUCGAUGGUGUAAGAUGUUGAACUUGAAUUAGUGUUUCGUUUCCGGCCUAAGCAGGUGCUUUGGAUCUAAA